AUGUAUACUCUUGAUGAUUUUGAGAGAACCCAAGAGGGAGAGCUAUAUUGUAGCAAGACCAACACCAAGUACUUUGGCUCAUUUAAACACAAUCAAAAAUAUGGAUUUGGAGUUGAAAUUUAUCCAAAUAUUGCAGAAAGAUAUUGUGGAGGAUGGAAACAUGACAUGUAUCAUUAUUUUGGAACUUAUCAUUAUAGAGAUGGCACGUACUUCCAAGGAAUGUACAAGAAAGGACAAAGAAAGGGUAAAGGAAAACUUUAUUUACCUAAUGGAGACAUUAUUGAAGGUUUUUGGUAUGGAGACAACAAAGUUGAAGGCUGCACCUACUACAAGGGAACCUGUAAAAAUGUUCAAUUAACAAACCUUCAUAUGCUCCAAUUCCAAAUUCAAGAAUCAAUGAAGUUAUACGAGAAUAUGGGGCACAUGGAUGAAUUAGCUAUGAGUAUGUACGACCCAGAAUGUGUAAAACCUGCAUCUGAUUUGAAGUGGACUCAAUAUUUGGUGCUUUUUAGGGAUGAUUGGAAAAAAGAGCGGUACGCUCUUUCAAAGAAACUAGUCAGCAAAAGUUCUACCAGAUAUGAGCUAAUGGGAAUAUCUUCCGUGUCUGCACAGUUCGACAGAUUAAGGAAAGCUUUUACAUCUAUUCUUACGCAGUUAUUGACAGGAACCUUUUCUGAUAUUUCUGCCUCUGCUUUAGAUCCCAGUUUCAAGUUUAUAUCCAAUUUUAUUGCAUUCUUUGUCAGCAUAUUCUGUGGAAGUUACUAUAUCGGAUCGAACUCAAAAUCAGUUUCUGGAAAGCAUCAAGCCACACUGCUCUAUCAUGCGAUUGACGAUACAAAGAGUUUUAUCAUGUUUUUAUGUGACAAAGUGUUGUGGGACUUUUUCGUACGAGAUGUCUUCUCGGUGGCUCUUACUGCAGAUGUUCCAAACUCGGAACAACUAUUGGUAGAUAUUGAAAAGGAGUUUUAUCCAAUUUGUAGAAACUUAAUUUCAAAUACCGUUCAUGAAAAAUUGUUUUCAACGUUAUUUGAACUUUACAACUAUCACUAUCGUGAUAGCGAUUUACUCAUGAAUCAAAAGAUUAGAUCUCUUCAAGGUUGUACCAUAUCAAUGUUUGGUGUCGCACCAGAAUUUGCUCCAUUACCACCCUCAGACAUGAAUCUUGUAUUUUACGAAUACAAACAAACAAGCGAUAUUCCAUAUGAAGAGACAAUCAAACUAUUAGAUCAAAUAAGAAAUGCAAAAUCAGUAAUUGCUAAAAUUGAAACUCUCUCUAAAGUUAGAACACACGCCAUGCAAACAAUGAAAAAAUAUAGAAAAGCACAUAAGCGAAAGGAGGCAUAUUUGAAUUAUCAGUCUUCAAAUGAAGUUUAUGACAUGGAUAGAAACACAAAACCAACUACAAAGGAGCCGUGGUGGAACGCAGAGCUCGAGAAACGAUGUGAGGAGUGGCAAGCAGGAGCUGAUGAUGUCACAUCUGUGUAUAGUUAUAUUUUCAGCAAAUCCAGCAUUGACAAUUUUACUGCUACUUUCCACUAUGUUAAUGACUGGAAGUCAGAACAGGUGAAUUUCGAUCCAGUCAGUCACAUAAUACGAUUUUAUGAAGGCUAUUUAUCAUAUAUUCAAGAUAUAGACCCAAAUAUUUUGCAUGAUGGCCAAUUUAUUUCCAAGUACUCUCUGACUAGCUCCUUAGAGUCCGCUAUUGAAGGACGCGUUCUUGUGUACCGAGAUAAGAAUUUACCAUUCUUCUGGUUACCGAGCUUGUUGGUCCAUGUUGGUCUGGAAAUUGGUAAAACCAUCGCAAAUUCAGCAGCCGCUAUUACCAAAUCAUCUUCCCUUAGUAUUUCAAAUAUUACCAACAUUACUAAUAUUACUGCUGGCUCAAUUUUGAACCUUUUAGCUUCCUUAAAUCCAGCCACUGCUAUGACCUCUACGAAAAACGAGUCUGCUCAAGAUUCUAAAAUGAGUUUUAAUCCCUUCACGAGAAAGUUGAUACUUCCAAGUAAUCUGGAAGUUGUUGAUAUCAGCAAUCAGAAUUUAGUUCAAUCGAUUAUCAAAUUCUAUGAUCUGGUUCGACAAACUUUAGGUGCCAGCUCAAUAGGUUUCAAUGUAGAGUUGAAAAAGAAUGAGGAGACAGGCAACAAUGAUGUCAUUGUGGUGUUUGACAAGCUCUAUCCAAGCUAUGUCUACUCUGAGAUUGCACUUGGUGUGACUCGUUACAUCAAAUACGAACUUCAGAACAUUAUCAUUGUUUAA